GAAUUGCAAAUAUCUUCUGAAAUCAACAGUGAUGAUUAUGCAAAAAAAAACUCUAAUUAUGUUUGUCAGAUGUUUUUCUACCUCAACAUGGUCUAUAUCUACAUUUAGCAUAGGUAGAUAUCAUAGGGAGGCAUAGGGACACCACUUUUGACUGAUGGAAGAGUCUAACAGACUUUGUCAUCAAUGCAACCAUUUCAAAUGUUAAUUUUUGACACAAUACAAUUUCCCACUGAAGUUCAGUCUCAGACUCUCAUCUAUAGGUGUCACAUGCAAUGACAGACUCUGGCUCUGGAUCAUCAUUGAUGCCCCUGAGAGGCAUUCUGAAGAAUUCUCAUCCAUUUGAUGAACCAGAGCUUUUAGUUCACAAUCCCGACUGCCCCCUGCACUGCCAGUCCUCCCCAGUGCCCCUGACCCAGCUGCAGUGUCACCUCAGCCUUGGUUCCAACUCAGCAUCACUAUCCGACCCAAGCAUGCCCCUCAAAGGCAUCCUCAGGACCAGCAUCAGCUCUGGGGUGAUGGAAACACAGAAAGAUUGUAACAGUUCUAAAUUUCGGAAGAGACAGAGAUGGGAUGAGGGCAACAUCCUAGCCACUAGCUGUCACUCCUGGCUGAUGCCUGUGUCAGGGAGAAAGGAUGUCAAACCUGGGCCUCAUCUGUGUAGUGUCACCAUGUUGGAUGGAGGUGCAGGCACCAGUACAUCAGGAGAACAGAUAUGUCUGUGUAUGAGUAAGAGGAAGAAGAGCCAGAGCUGGAAUGAGAUGAGUAUUAUGGCCACUCAGCCUCCCUACACAGACAACCCCUGGAUGAAGGCAGAUGAUGGGUUCACUGCCUCUGUGGCAUGGCAGUCCCUGUCCCUCAGGGAUGAGGCAGGACCCAGCCACAGCACUACCAGCACCUCUUACAGCCAGCCUCCGUGGUCUCCUCUGAAGCCUGGGAAGAAGUGA